UUGACUCAGCUCUCACAGCCAAACAAGCCCAGCCCUCCAGGUCCUAAAACAGGUUUGCAUUACACAUUCGGGUGGGGUUGUUAUCUGGUAUUCACACCACACCCUCUGACUGACUGUCUUUUACUAAGAAGACGAGCAGCACGCUGUAUAAUCGGCCAGAUAUCUCCGCGGCAGCCCACACCUCGUCCUUGCUCGGUUCCCCGCUAUACACGCUCUAAUCCUCGGUCAUGUUCCGCUGUGGGAUCGCCUACCCCCGGUGCAGGUGGAUUGUGCCCCUGCUGCUGCUCUUCGCCAUUAUUUUUGACAUUAUCGCCAUCGCUGCCACAUCAGGAUGGGUGGAGGACGAGGACGCCAAGUCUCACUAUGCCAAUAUGUGGGAACACUGCCGAGGCAGGAAUGACAACUGGGACUGCAAGUCUCUCAUGGAGUUAUCUUGGGCUCAGGCAGUGGCAGCUCUGAUGAUCAUCGGCCUCCUCAUCCUCAUUGUAGCCUUCAUCGUCUCCUGUGUGGCUCUGUGCUGCUCACUCAACAUCACCCUGCUGCCCUUCAUAGGAGUUCUGCUGAUCAUAGUUGUCGUUCUUCAGGUCAUCGCUCUCAUCAUCUACCCAGUCAAAUUUAAUGAGAUGAUCUUCGAGGGAAACUACUACUACACAUGGGCGUAUGGAUUUGGCUGGGGCGCCACCAUCCUCUGCAUCGGCUGCGCAAUCCUCUUCUGCUGCCUUCCACGUUACGAAGACGAGCUGACCGGCAUGGCCAAGACCAAAUACAUCUACUCCUCUGCUUAAAGACAAAAACCUGCACACACCCAGUUACAGAUACCACCAUUUCCACUCAUCCCUCUGAGCUGGAUCUGUGAACAUUUUUACGCUGCACCGUUUCACCAAAGAUCCACGAUGAAUCAGACUCGACCAUCAGAGAGGAAAUUUAGAAAAGAGAGGGUGAUUGUCUUUGGAAGUGGACUGUGAUUGGAUGUUUCAUCUGCUUUAAUGUUUUAACCUCUAUUUUAGGUUAAGUCAGCAUCUUAGAAAGUGUUUUUUUUAACCAUGUUUUCUUUUUACAUUCUGCAUUUGAGUGCAUUGAAAAACAUAUUCCUCAUUUUGUUUGUAUUUUUUUUUUACCAGCGGUUUUCAAUGCAAGAUCACCCAAGUGCACUUAACCCAAGGGAUGUAAUUACGUGUAAUGCUUUGCUUUAGCCUGAGUUAUUUUUAGAACUCCUCACAACAUUGAGACUAAACUUUUUGCACAAGAUGCAAAAGGAAAAAGGAUUAUCUAUCAUUUGGUUUUUGUCCUGUGUCUUAUUUGAACAUGUCUUUGUUUCUUUUUGUUGCUGUGCAUGAGGUAAGAAGGAAGCUUAGCUUGGACUCAGAAGAUGAAUGUAAUCUAUCUACAUAUAAAUAUGUACAUGUAGUGUCAGAGUUGUGUUUGCACCUUUUUAAAGCUGUCUUUUGAUCAUUCUAACUCUUUCUGUCUCAAGAAGUUUGUAUUUUUAUUUACUGAUUACCAAAAGGGGAAUAAUUGUGGGGGUUUGCUUUGCUGUCUUUGCAUCUGUCCUGAACUCAGAUAAUGGUGAUACAAUUUGUAAGUAGACAUAAAGGUUUGAUUGAAAUUGGAAAAAAAAAUAAUAGUCCCACAUAGAUAUAAGAUUAGAUGUUUUCCCUAGAGUGAGACAGAUUUGUUAGAAUUUUCCCUCCAUAAGGAUGUGGCUAAAAUGGCCAAAAUAUAAAAACCUUUUGAAAAUUCGGUCCAACUGAGAGCGUCCUUGUACACCAAUGAUGUCAAAUGUCACUGGGAAAAGGGAAGAGUAAAGACUUGGAGGCUCAUUCAGUGUUUUUCAUGCUUCUUUGCCCCAAAGAAGCAAUGUAUAAAGAGUGUGUUCUAAUAAGGGAUUAAAGAUUUAAAGGUAUUUUCAUUCAAAGUUGACCAACCAUGUAUUUUUUUAAAGCCUUCCUGAUUUUUGCAAGCCAUCUGCUGGUUUGUUGUAAAACUGAGACCAAUCUACUGGCAUACUGUGUGAUGUUAAACUUGUGCCUUAGCUUCUUCAGUGUUGUUGCGUUGCUGAAUUCAUAAGCGUCCUAUCGAACUGGUCGAUCUGGUUUUACUGACUCAUGUAUCAGUUUCAUCUCUGCACAUUGCAUUUCGAUUCAUGCCCAAACAAGACCGAUUUAUGAUGUUUAUUAUAUGACGGAGUUUUAAGGAAUUACUUAUCCAGUGAAUGAAAAAAGUGACGAUCGAGCUGGUUUAUCACCUAACUUGGAGUGUUUCCAGUUUGCGCACAAACAACUGGAGUUUUAUUCCUUAGAGAGAUAAGUGUACUGAGAAAGAGCUGCUUCAGACAGAUUUUAUUUAGGGCGUUUUCACACCUGGAUUGAUUUGGGACGUUGUUCCCAAACAACCCCUUGGCUCGGAUCGUUUGAACAUACAUGAACAAUCGCACUCUGAAACAGAACAACAAGGGAGCCGUAGGUUUGAAAACAUCCUUAAAGAAACUUUGCUCGCAUGCUUAACAGAUGAGAUUAAAAAAAUUGUACUUAACAGGUAGGAAAAUUUGCUUCCAGCACCAGCAUUUUCAGUCAUUAUCAGUAACUUCAAGGAUAUGAACUGUACUGUAGAGGAUGUCUUGAUAACAUUCGUCCACUCAUGAAAAUCACCCAGCUGUUCUUCUGCUGUAGUACAAAGUGAUUAUUUUUGGUAGCCUGUGUAUUUUUAUCAAAUAAAAAGCUUCUUUUGUGAAAUGA